AUGCGAGGCGCCAUUCCCGUGUUUCCCCGGCGUAGGUACGGGGCACCCGGCCACUCCGGCCACUCCGGCCACUCCUCCGGCCACUCCGGCCACUCGAGCCACGACGACUCGUCGUCCGGCGGGCUCAGCAGCCACGAGGGCACCAUGGAGCGCCACAAGGCGGAGCCCCUCUGGCACGUCCCGGCACAGCCCCGGCUGCCCGGCGGGAAGCGGCCGGGCCGGCAGGAGCCCGGCGGGAAGGAUUCCCCCAACCGGCAUUCCAAGGCGGGAGAGCCGCCGUAUUCCAGCCAUUCCAGCACCACCACCCUGUCCAGCACCGCCUCCAGCGGCCACAGCGACGAGCGCUGGUUCGACCCCCCCGAGCUCGAUCCCGAGCCCGAUCCCGGCGCCAGGGGAGGAGGAUCCAGCGACAGCGGCAUCGACGCCCUCCCCAAACCCCCCUCCCGCGCCGGCCCCCCCCCCCCUCCGCGGGACAAGAUUCCCAAAUCCGCCAGCGGAGGGGCCGAUUCCAAGCGGGAGCCGUCCCCCCCGCCCCCUCCUCCCGCCGGGAAAAGCUGCUCCCGGCAGAAAACCGGGAAUGCCGGCGCCGCUCCGGACCCCGCCUGCAAGCCCAGCUCCAGCCCCCGGCCCCCCCCCCCCUCGGCCGCCCCCCAAAUUUCCACCUCCGGCCCCAAAUCCUUCUUCUCCAGGAGCCCCGGGGGGGGCAAAGGCACGACCCCGGCGUGGAAACGGCCCCAGGAGCCCCCCGAGCCCAAAAAGCAGGUGAACGUGUUUGGGCAGCCCCGGCUCCGGGCCUCGCUGCGGGACCUUCGCUCCCCCCGCCGCGCCACCAAAUCCAGCAUCGAGGACGACCUGAAGCGCCUCAUCCUGAUGGACAGCGAGGGGCCCGAGCCCGACAACCACCAC